UUUUGGUUCAUUAAAGCCCCUCUUCCUCUUUCAGGAAUCAGGAGUACAGGGGUGAAUGUCGGCGUCUCUUUGCUCUUUCUUUCUGUCUCCCGCUGGCAACAAUCAAUCUUUCAACAUUUUCACACCACGUUUUACCGUAAUUUGCUGUUUUUUGGGUGCGCGGCAUUAACAAAAACCAAUUAUUACUAUUUUAAUAUAAUAUCGAAAUCGGGAAAAAAAAAUCCUUUUUUGCACCGACUGGUAACCCUGCUGCUGUUUAUUAUGGCCGGCCGGCCGGCCAUAUAUAUGGAUAUGGAUGGUGCACAGCAGCAGUUUAAAUAAAUAAAGACAUACGACGGACGUGUCGCCUCUCAACUCAAACUCUUGCUUCAAGUGGGACAAAACGCUGCUCUAAGCGACACACCACACCAGCCAGCAGCUCAUCUAUGUGAUACUUCCUGAAAAACUCCACCUCUCUCUGACUGCCUUAUAGGAUAUCACCUGCUAUUUCAAAGACAUAAUAGAGGAAAGACAUAUUAUCAUGGCCUCAAAACAUGCCCCUCCAAGUAAUAAGGGACGACGGCCAUUCUCAACAUUUAUUGUACUCGGUCUAUGUUGCCUCUUUUACCUGCUUGGAGUAUGGCAGAAUAGUGGGUCUGGAAAGGGUGACAGGUUAGCAGUAGCAGUUACAGAACAAACCGAAAACUGCAACAUAUUCCCUCCUUCCAGUCUUGAUUUUGAACCACACCAUACUUUUGUUUCAAAAAUCGACACUUCUGAACCAAAGAUCAAACCAUACAGAAUUUGUGAUGCUAAAUAUAGAGACUAUACUCCUUGCCAAGAACAAGAUCGAGCUAUGACUUUCCCUCGGGAAAAAAUGAUAUACAGAGAAAGGCAUUGUCCGCCGGAUAAGGAAAAGCUUCGUUGUCUUAUUCCUGCACCGAAUGGAUAUACGACCCCGUUCCCCUGGCCAAAAAGCCGUGAUUAUGUAUAUUAUGCUAAUGUCCCUUACAAACAUUUAACGGUUGAGAAGGCGGUUCAAAACUGGGUCCAGUUUCAGGGUAAUGUAUUCAAGUUUCCAGGAGGAGGAACGAUGUUUCCUAAAGGAGCAGAUGCAUAUAUCAAUGAGCUUGCAUCUGUAAUCCCAAUGGCAAACGGGUCCAUAAGAACAGCGCUUGAUACUGGUUGCGGUGUGGCUAGCUUCGGUGCAUAUCUGCUGAAGAGAAAUAUAUUAGCAAUGUCGUUUGCACCAAAAGACAACCACGAAGCACAGGUUCAAUUUGCACUAGAGCGUGGUGUUCCAGCUGUUAUUGGUGUUCUUGGCUCAAUACGACUUCCAUACCCUUCAAGAGCAUUUGAUAUGGCACAUUGCUCUCGUUGCCUUAUACCCUGGGCAGAAAAUGAUGGUAUGUAUCUGAAGGAAGUUGAUAGAGUACUAAGACCAGGUGGGUAUUGGGUUCUUUCUGGCCCUCCAAUUAACUGGAAGACCUACUACAAAAUCUGGAAAAGGUCCAAGGAGGAUGUUAAGGCUGAACAGUUGAGAAUUGAAGAGAUUGCCAAGCUUCUUUGCUGGGAAAAGAAGUACGAAAAAGGUGAUAUUGCAAUUUGGAGGAAGAAAGUCAAUUCAAACUCUUGCAUUAGGAAGCCUACCAAUAUAUGCAAAUCCAAAUAUAGUGAUGGCGUUUGGUAUAUGAAAAUGGAAGCAUGCAUAACUCCCCUUCCUGUGGUUCAGAGUUCUGAUGAAGUGGCUGGUGGGGAGUUAAAGAAGUUUCCAGCUAGACUCUUUGCUAUUCCACCCAGAAUAACCAACGGGUUGUUGCCCAGAGUAACAAUUGAGUCAUAUCAAGAGGACAAUAAAUGUUGGAAGAAACAUGUAAAUGCCUACAAAAGGACUGUGAGCCUGCUUGGAAGCACUAAAUAUCAUAAUAUAAUGGAUAUGAAUAGUGGGCUUGGAGGCUUUGCUGCAGCACUGGAAUCGCCUAAACUGUGGGUGAUGAAUGUGGUUCCAACUAUUGGUGAAGACACUCUAGGUGUCAUCUAUGAGAGAGGGUUGAUUGGCAUAUAUCAUGACUGGUGUGAAGGAUUCUCCACUUACCCAAGGACAUAUGACCUCAUUCAUGCCAGUGGCGUAUUCACCAUGUACCAAGACAAGUGUAAAUUUGAAGAUAUUAUUCUGGAAAUUGAUCGGAUUUUGAGGCCAGAGGGAUUGGUCAUUUUCCGAGAUGGAGUUGAAGUUUUGAACAAGGUGAGGAAAGUUGCUCAGCACAUGAGAUGGGAAAUGAAGUUGACAGAUCAUGAAGAUGGACCAUUAGUGCCAGAGAAGAUUCUUAUUGCUGUGAAACCAUAUGAUUCAGCUGGUAGCAUUCCUGCUGAAGAGAAUAACAAAUCAAGCAAUAAGUAAAUCUUUUUAGAGAAAAUGUAAAGCAAAUGCUUUUCGUUGCAGGAUCAAAUUUACAGGACACCAAUGUUGUGAAAGUGUGAAACUGUUGAUGUAAAGUUUAGAUUUUUGUAAUAUUCAAAAUUAUUAUUCAAGUAGGAACUGGAUAAUUUCAUAUCUAGCUACAAAUAAUGAAUAAUGUAGCAAGAAGAGUAGGUUUAUGAUGUGUGGCUAAACUGCUAAAGCUGUCUUAAUUUUUAUUCGAAUUUUUAUAGAGUUCACAUUAAUAUGAUAUAGAAAAUAAUACUUUUUGCCUAGGGCCUCCAAAAUGCUAGAGAUGGCCUUGCUCCUCACGAAUCAUGAUUAGACACUUUUAUCUCGA